AUGGCUUGUUAUCUUCCUGAUCAUCUUGUUCGAUGUUUAAUAUGUAAAAAUUUGUUUUCUGAUGCACGUCGUCUUCGUUGUGGUUGUGUUUAUUGUUAUUUAUGUUGUUUACAGCUUAUUAAAAAUAAUACAUUAUAUUGUUAUUGUUCCUAUACACAUCAAUUUAAUUCACAAGAUGAAAUUGAAAAGUCUUUAGUUAUCGACACUGUUGUCAAUGAUCUUGUUCAUCAACAUAUAAAACAAAGACAAGCCUCAUCAAAAAAAUUGGUCGAUUAUGAUUCAAUAUCAAUAUCUUCACCACGAACUGAAGAUGAUGUAAAUCCAAAUGAUCAACAAACACCUUUAUCAAUAUCGUCAUCUAGUCUUCCUCCAACUGCACGUAAACAAGUUGCUGUUGCUCAACCACCAUGUACAAUAUGUAAGAAAAAAUCUAAUAUGAUUAUUCUUUGUGAACAUUGUAAUUCCGACAUAUGUGAAUUAUGUAUGGAAAAACAUUAUCAAAUCAUAACAGAUAAACUUAAUGAUAAAUGGAUACAAUGUAAGGAAAAAUUCGAUCAAAUUAAUGAACACGUUUUUUUAUCUCAUCAAAAUAAAAUGACUGCAAUAUCAAAACUUGACGCUAUAAGAAAAACAAUUGAAGAAAGAAGUAAAAAUUUAAAAAUUACAAUUGAUAAUCAUCGACAAACACUUGCAAAACAUAUUGAUAAUCAUAUUCAAAGUCUUGAACAAAUAAUAAAAACAAAUGAUGUUAACAAUGAAUAUGAAUCAAUAAGAGAACGUCUUCCAAAAAUACUUGAGGAAGAAACCAACACGUCAAAUUUAUUAUCAUUUUUCGAAGAAACAGAAAAACUUUUACAACAAUUAACAAUACGUAAUAAACAAGUACAAGAAAUUGAAAUGAAAAUUCCUUAUCUAUCUCAACCGGAUCCAACUUCAAUUAAUCUUAGUCAUUUAAUUGGUGAGCUCAAAUUUGAUGAUCAAUCAACUCAAGCAUCAUCAGCAACAACAUCAACAGUCAAUCAUCAUAAGCAUCAAAUCAAUUCAAAUGAUAAUAACUUAUCAUCAUUAAUGUCAAUAACCACGGAACGAACACGUUUUCCUCGCCGGAUGCGACCGUCUAUUCGAUCACGAGGGGGUCGUGGAAUGCAAUAUUCAUCACAUUUGAGUGGAUCCUAUCCUCGAAAUAAUCAUAACCCUAGGAAUAGCCGAUACAAUGGUAGUUAUCGAGCUCGCGGUCGUGUCUCCGCACGUCCGCAUCCUCCACUACUUCAACUAACCGAAAACAAUUUCGACAUUGUUCCUAAUAAUAAAUAUCAAUGGUCAAUUGAUUUCAAAGAAAUUCCAUGUUUUCUUGCCGUACUCGAUAAUCGUAAUCGAGCUCGUCAUCCUGAUACGCGUUUUCAUCAUAGACAUGAUUAUAUGCUAUUCAUUGCUGAUGAUUAUGGUCAAAUAAGUGUUUAUAGUCUUCCAAAAUCCAUGAGUAAUAUAAAGCCCUCGAUUCUUGGUACAGGUGAAUUAUUUCCAAAAAAUUCACGUCUACUUAUGGAAUCAUUUACUGUUUAUGAAUUUGCUAUUGUUGUUUAUGUACGUCGUUUUGAACAAAAAUCAAAUGAAAUAGAACAUUCAAAGUUAAUUAAAGCUGGUUUACCUAUAAUGAAAGGCGAACAAGGUCGUUAUAAUGAUCAUGGUGGUAUGAUUUAUUUAUUUUCACAUGGUGGUGACGAAAUUGAUGGUGUCUAUCAAUCACAUCCUAUUCGAACUAUACUUGCCGAUCAAAAUCUUGGUCGUCUUUGGGCACUUAAUCCAAUGCAAAAUAAUGUUUAUUGUUAUAUGACACCAUAUAAUAAAAAUGAAAUUCAGAAAUAUUUGCAAGAUGAAGAAAUUGUACUUGAUUUUUCUGAUGAACAAUUCGAACCAUCAAUAAUGAUACAAUCUAAUCAAUCAAUCGGUCUUAUUGAUCCAGAACAUGAUUCAUAUCGUUUAUAUGCUAAAGAUAAUAAAUUUCGUUUAAUAACAACUUAUCAAAAUUUACAUAAUCAACAAUGGAAAUUAACUGAUGGAACUAUUUUUAAAGAUAAUCGAACUUUACUUAAACUUACGGAAGAUAAAUAUUAUGAUAAUAAUUCAAAUGAGACAAAUAAUAACAAUCGAAGUAGAUUUCAUAAUAAUCCUCGACGUCGUCUUAUUGAAUUAACUUCUGAUGGACAAGAAAAACGUCAAAUUCAAGCUGAUACACUUUAUAGCAUGGUACUUGGUGAUUUUCUAAGUGAUAUAUAA